UACCAUUCGACUCAGCUCGCCGAGACGAAUCGAAUGACAUAUUUUUCGUCCCGGUUUGGAGCGGGCCCUCGACUAAACUAUAUCCGUUUUUUCUUCUCCCGAACAUUACUAGUAAAUACACCUUUUAUACAUACCUUAAUUAUGGGUCGCUCUCUACUCCCAUCUCUCUAUUCCCUCUCUCUAAAAUCUCGAUAAUCGAAAUUUUUCGAA